CACGUCUUCCUCCUUAUGCACAGCGAGUUUUGAGUUGGGAGGCAAACAAUCAGCUCUCAUUUUUCCUUCCCAAGAAAGUGAGAGAAAAUGCAAGAAAGCUCAAGAAGGAAGAGCUCAAGAAGACGAGACAAGGAUCCUUUUUGUGUGAUUCAUAAGGUUCCUUCCGGGGAUACUCCUUAUGUUCGAGCCAAGCAUGCUCAGCUAGUUGAGAAAGAUCCUGAAACAGCCAUAGUAUUAUUUUGGAAGGCAAUAAAUGCAGGAGAUAGAAUAGAUAGUGCCCUUAAGGACAUGGCAGUGGUGAUGAAACAACUAAAUAGAACUGAGGAGGCCAUUGAAGCCAUCAAGUCUUUUAGAGGCCUUUGCUCCAAACAAGCACAAGAACCACUGGAUAAUGUCCUCAUUGACUUAUACAAGAAAUGUGGGAGAAUGGAUCAACAGAUUGAUUUGUUAAAGCAAAAGUUGAGGUUGAUAUACCAAGGAGAGGCCUUUAAUGGAAAACCCACAAAGACUGCUCGCUCCCAUGGCAAGAAGUUCCAAGUUUCUAUCAAACAAGAAACUUCUAGAAUACUAGGCAAUUUGGGUUGGGCCUACAUGCAAAAAUCUAAGUUCAUAGCAGCCGAGGUAGUGUACAAGAAAGCUCAAAUGAUUGAUCCAGACGCAAACAAGGCUUGCAACUUGGCCCGUUGCCUUAUUAAGCAGGCUCGAAAUGUCGAGGCCCAUUUGGUUCUCAAUGAAGUAUUGCAAGGUAAACUCCUAGGCUCUAAAGAUUGCCAAACCCAGAAUCGAGCCCAAGAACUAAUGUUAGAGUUGGAGCCCAAGUGGUUGCCACCACCAGAGACAGUGAAGAUUACAAGGUUUGAUCUUGAAGAUGAUUUUAUUGAUGAGCUUGAGAAGUUAUUGAAUGAAUGGUCUCCACUUAGAACAAAGAGGCUUCCAAUCUUUGAAGAGAUAUCUUCAUAUAGAAACCAAUUACCAAGCUAAGGUUUCAUUAUUUUUGCUUUUGGACCUAGUUGGGCUAUGAAGUGUAUAUGGAGAUGAUAAUGGUAUUUAGUGUAAAUAAUGGAUCUAAAGAUGUAAAAUUUUAUGAGUAAAGGUCAUUUUUCUAAGGUAAA